AUGAUCACAGUGGAACGUCAUAAUGAUUGGCUCAUUCAGAAAUAUGAGCACUCAAACUCAGCAGGAAUAUCGAAUCGAUCAAGCUUCAAGUUUUCCAAGAGAAGUCGGAAAACUGCAACUAACGCCUGCGAUGAUGUCUUUCGCUCCUGCAGCUCUAGUGACUCCUUCACGGUGCACAGCAGACUUCUCUCUGGUUCCGAAUUCGCAAUCCCUCGUCUAACCAGCUCUUUCCAGAUUGGAUCUUCGAGCCCGUCAUUUGCCCAACAAAUCGCAGAUAUCCAGCGCCUCAUGGGAGAAUCGGGCCUGAAAUUUGUCAUGCAUGCUACUGGAACAACAAUUGAAGGUCCAUGGGAUCAAGUUGUCCAGUUGAUUGGACUUGCCCACACCCUCACCCACCAGCAAGGGAUAGUUCGAGUCCAAACAGAUAUUCGAAUUCAAACUAGAACCGACAAGGUGCAACCGAUUGAGGGUACAGUAGCGUCAGUGGAGAGAAUCCUGUCUGUUUCCUGA